GAGAGAGGGUAUAAAAGGGAGACAGAGGGAGAGAGCAGGACGGAGAAAAGCGCGAGAAACCUCGAAGCAAAACCUCCGAGAAGAGGACUGAGCUUGGCUGCAAAAAAUCGGUCCGGCAGUAGUGUGAUGAACAUCAGGUAGAGGGAAUAAAAGAGAGAAAGGAAGAGAGUUUGAAGGAGAAAAGUGUUAAGAAACCUGGAAGUGAAACCUCUGAGGAGUGGACUGAGCUUUGCUUCAAGAAAUCGGACAGGCAGCAGUAAAACUCUGAACUAGUUCAUCUGCCAUAAAGUCCAGAGAGAACAGGAGAGUGUGAGCAGCUGAAGUGAGAAGAUAAACUAUCCUAUCAUCAAACAACUGUUUGUCAAGGAUCUUGAGGAGCAAGAUGAAUUCAUAUGCAGAAAAUCUUUCAUUGUUCUCUGAGAGUAUCCAGGCUAUAUUGAAAAAUAUAGACGUGAAUUUCGACCCCAAGACACCUUUCAAUAUAGCAAUCAAGAUAUAUGAGAGGUUUAUGGAGGCUUUCAGUGAUGGUGGAAUGAAGGAAGCAGCUUUUGAGGUAAAAGAGGAGCUGGAGGAGUUGGAAAACACUGAGCUUCACAUUGCCAUCACUGGAGAGACGGGCUCUGGGAAAUCAUCCCUCAUCAAUGCUCUCCGAGGCCUGAAGGCAGAAGAUGAUGGUGCCGCCCCUGUAGGAGUGACAGAAAUGACACUAGAUCCAAAGUCUUAUCUGCAUCCUAACUAUCCCAAAAUAAAAUUCUGGGACCUGCCAGGAAUUGGAUCCCCACAUUUUUCACCAGACAGUUACCUUAAGAAGGUGGAUUUCCAACGGUAUGACUUCUUUAUCAUUGUUGGCUCAGAGAGAUUCCGAUACAACCUCAUUAACCUAGCUCAGGCGAUCCAGAAGAUGGAGAAGAAGUGUUAUUUUGUGCGCUCCAAAGUAGAUUCAGAUCUAUCCAACAUGGAAAGGUCUUACCCAGAUACCUUCAAUGCAGAGGAAGUCCUUGAAAUGAUGAGGGAUGACUUCAAGAAGCAGCUUGAGAAGUGCUACAGGAACACCAUCCCUCAAGUCUUUUUGAUCUCCUCCUGGGACCUUGGCAAGUAUGACUUCCCCCGACUGGUGGAGACCUUGGAGAAAGAUCUGCCCAGCCUGAAGAGACUUGCAUUCCUGCUCAGCCUUCCCAUGUUUUCCCCUGAAUUCACAGAAAAGAAGAAAUCUGCGCUGAAGAGCCACCUGUGGAAAAUAUCCCUGGCGUCUGCUGGCAUCAAUGCUAUUCCCCUUCCACGCAUUCCUCUGGCUUGUGAUGCUGCCCUCUUGCUUGGGUCCAUGGUUGCCUUCUACAAGAUGUUUGAGCUGGAUGAUGGCUCCUUAGCUAGGCGGGCCAGAUUGGCCAGGAAGCCUGUUGAAGAACUGGAGGCCGUGAUGAAGUCUCCUCAGAUGAUAGAAAUUAACAUUGAUCUGGUUAUAAAGCUAAUAACCAAUUGUGCAAAAGAAUUAUUCCCGCCUUCCGUAGUUAGAAGCUUGGUAGCAGCAGGGGUGUCUUUUGCCACCACUUAUUGGAUGCUGUCGAGCUUCCUGGAUAAUCUAGCUGAGGAUGCUGAUAGGGUUCGAAAGAAAGCCCUGGAACCCAUAGCCCUAGGCAGAGCACCUUUCCCAAGACCAGAAGAGUGUGAGGACCGCCUCUCUCCGUAUGAACCUACCAGGACUCAGAGAGCAUCUUCCGAGGCCCUCCUUCAUGUGGCUCCUACACAAGAGAUGCAGGAAGAGUGUGAGGACCGCCUCUCUCCGUAUGAACCUACCUCGACUCAGAGACCCUCUUCCGAGGCCUUCCUUCAUGUGGCUCCUACACAAGAGAUGCAGGAAGAGUGUGGGGACUGCCUCUCUCCAUAUGAACCUACCUCAACUCAGAGACCCUCUUCCGAGGCCCUCCUUCAUGUGGCUCCUACACAAGAGAUGCAGGAAGAGUGUGGGGACUGCCUCUCUCCAUAUGAACCUACCUCGACUCAGAGACCCUCUUCCGAGGCCCUCCUUCAUGUGGCUCCUACACAAGAGAUGCAGGAAGAGUGUGGGGACUGCCUCUCUCCAUAUGAACCUACCUCGACUCAGAGACCAUCUUCCAAGGCCCUCCUUCAUGUGGCUCCUACACAAGAGAUCCAGAGGGUGGCAACACAAGAACGGGCUUUCUCUUCCUUUGGCAGAUUGACAUCCGAUGUCCUUUUAAAUGUGUUGUGUGGGUGGGGGAUAAUUGGCUUAUUUUUGUUCUUGUUUUUAUUACGUAUUUUGUGUCUUUUAUUUUGUAUUUUUAUGUCUUUUAUCCUUGCUGAUUCAGGCAGUUAUGAUUUAGUUAAGAUUUAGUCAAGGUUUCUCAUCCUUAUUUUAGAUUUGUAAUAUUUUAGAUUUGUAAUGUUAACAUAUUAUAAUGUUUUUAUGUUAUUAACCUCAUUUAACUUAUUUUCUGUGGUGCUCAAUUAAGUUCAUCCUUGAAGAUUCAUCCUUGAACACUAAAAUUUUUGUGUUGGUAUGAAGGAGGGCUAAUUUUGUCAUAAAGGGAACUGAGAUGAUAAACUGGAUUUCUGCUUCAUAGAAAUUGAGCUUAAAUUUCCCCUCUGAACAAAGCAAAAGUGUCACACUGCCCGGUCUCCUCUCCCCCUUUUACUUUCAAAAUGCUUUCCUGACACUAAUGCAGCAGCCCCUCUUUUCUCCCUUGGUUUGAGGGUCAUCUCUCAAAGGGAGACAUUCUGGGUUAGGUGGCCAGGGAGAGUUGCCUGUACCACAGGGGCUAGAAAUUGUUUUAAAACAUAGUUAAAAGUUCAAAAUUAAUAAAGUAAGGACUUGCUACUAUUUUGAACUUCUUGUUAUGGCAUCUUUUAAAAACAUGAGUCUUGUUGCCUCAGGGUUGUUCAAUCUGAGGAUAGUAGAGCCUACAGACUAUUUGGGCUAGGAGGGAUUUUGUGAGCUUGGGUUUUGCGUGUUUCUGUGUGUGCGGUUUUGCUUUUUUGGUUAAAAUUAUUGAAAUCCAUGAUUUGCAGGCAGCUUAGGAACAUUGCAGUUAGACUCUCCACCGCAUGGGAAGGCAGAACAUGAAAGGAAUCCGGCCAGAGAUAAGGAGACCCAGCAACAGGCCAGUGAUUGGCUGAGUUCCUUAUAUAGGCAUGACCUAUAACACUGGUGUGUGUUGGAGAGUGUUAGUGUGAUAUAGUUAGUUCUGAGGAGUUGCUGAGAAUGAGAAGUUUUGUUGUAAAUAAGUAACUUGUGAAUAGGCUUGUAUGUUUGCUGCUGUAAAUAAUAAAAGAACAAGUAUCAA